AUGGCAUUGAAUUAUGAAACUUUAAUACGAGCUGCUAGUAAACCACCAGAUCAACGGACAACAACUGAAAUAACAGAUUUUAUAUUUCCAUGGCUUAAACAAUCAUUAAAAAAGAAACAAGGAAUAUUUCAAAAAAUUUCUGAUGAUGUUAUUCAUGAUAUAUGUAAAACAAUUAUGUUGGAACGACGUCCAGCAUGGGACGUCGUUAUUCGUCAAGGAGAUCCAGGAGAUACAUUCUACAUUAUUUUACAAGGUUCAGUAAAUAUUUAUCGUUUUGAUGAAGAUGGUCCAAAACAAGCUCCACUUGCCUUUGAUACUAUAAAAGAAUUUUCACAACUCGAUCAUGAUCCUGAUAAACGUGAAGAACUUAUAGCACAAGAAUUUGGUAAUUAUAUUGUUACUUUAGUUGGUGGUUUUGAUUUCGGUGAACGUGCACUUGUAACAAAUGAACCACGAAGUGCAACAGUUAUGACAAUUACACCAACGGAUUUAUUAGUUGUUGAUCGAGAAGUUUUUAAUCGAACACUUAAAGCAGCACAUGAAAAAGAAUUACAAGAAAAAACUGAAUUUAUCAAUCGAUGUCCAUUAUUUUCUUCAUGGUCACCAAGACUUAAACGUCUUGUUAGUCUUAGUUUAGAACGAGGUAGAUUUUCUUAUGAUAGUGCACUUUAUAAACAAGGUGCACGAGCUGAUGCUGUUUACUUUAUUUGGAGUGGUGAAGUUAAAAUAAGUAUGGAUCCAUUAUUACAUUGGUUACAAUAUCCAUAUCUUCUUCCACAAUCAGAUCCUAUGAGACAACGUGCUCUUGACUUAUUUUUGCCAAUGCUUCAACCAUCUGAACCAUCCAAUGUUCAUAUUCCAUCAACAGUAAAUAUCAAUAGUCAUAGAGAAAGUUAUGCUAUAAAACGACGUCAUAUGACAUUUGCUCAAGCUGAAAAAGAACGUGCUCAACGAAUAUUACAGUUAGCUCUAUUAGGUGCAGGUGAUAUUAUUGGUCUUGAAUCUUAUGUAGGUGAUUUAGCAACACAUGUUAAUUCAGCUCGAUGUACAGCUCCAUGUGAUUUGUUUUAUAUAUUAAAACAUAAUUUUGUUCGUUUACAAAAACGUCAUGGUGCACAAGGUUUAAGUGAACGUUUACGUGAAAUGGUUGUUCUUUCAUUACAAGCAUAUCCAUUACGUAUUAUGGAUUUACCAUUAUUUACUGCUUUAAUGAAAAGACAAUUAGCACCACCAAUUACUGAUGAACAAGCACAAUAUCGUAGUAAACAAUCAUGGCUUUUAAAUUUAAAUAAUUCAUCUCAUUCGCAUACACGUCGAUCAGGUACAACUCUAUAUGGAAAUGGUAAAGAUCGUUUACAAGGAACUACAACUAAUUUUCGAACAGAUACACGUUCAUCUCGACAUAGACGAUUGGGACAUGCAGCUACAAUACAAUAUUUAACAAAUGAUCAAGUUCAUGUUGAAAAAAUUGAAGAUCGUCUUAAAAAAUGGCAUGCAGAAAUGGGCGAUGAUGCAAAAACACAAAUAAGACCAUUAACACGAUUUAACAUUGCAUGCACAACUACAAAUAAUAUAAUACGAACACCAUCGCAUGAAAAACUUGAAGUUCAACCAAAUUCUACUGUUGUUUCACCAAGCCGAGUUUUCUAUUUUGAUCAAAAUAGUAUAUCCGGUAGUGGUGAUGAAUCGAUUGUUCCUGUGGAACAACUUCUUGUAAAUCUAGGAAAUACCUUAGACAAGCCAAAAUCUACAUAUGCUACCAAUAGUUCUUCGUAUUCUUCAAAAAUUAGUUUACCUCCCAUACAUAUUUAUUCAGUACAAGAACAAUAUGAAGAUCUACGAGAUACUUUAAAACAAGCAUGGAAAAGUUUUCACAAGCGAUCUAUUCCAACAAUUAAAUAA